AUGAGUAUACACAUCCAAUCGGCAUCGAAUUCUAGAGGAUAUGUAACGUCGAAAGAAAUGUUGAUGACUUAUAUUCAUAAUAUGGCUAAAGCAGAUAUCAGGAAACUGCUGAGACCUGUGAAGGAUGGACUUUUGACUGAAAAUACAAUGUUUCAUAUGAAUACGCAAAAUUUUUCCGUUGACCACGUGGUUGUUCCAAUUUCGAUUACCGAUUUUCUCAAAGAGCUCGAUCCAGAAUGGAUGAGAUGGAUUCAUAAAGCUCCCGGUGAAGGUGACCUUGAGGAAAGACGUUAUGCUCCUCACGCAACCUAUGAUUAUCAUGGAGAUCACGUGGACAGUGAUGUGAUUUUAGAUUAUGUUACUGGAAUGGAUAAACAUCAGAAACGAGCAUUAUUGAACCUGAUUCGAGAAGGUGUUCUAACAGAUGAAUGUUUCAUUAAUAUAUCUACACACGUUGGUCCAGAACGAGUACAGGUACCGAUGCCAAGAGUUGUUGAAGCUAUGCGCAUAAUUCAAGAAGGCGAGAAAGAUCUCCAGAGAGAGAAGCCUACGUUACUGAAAAUAGUUACAAUGAAACAUUAUUCAUCUGCAUCUUUUGACAACCAUUAUCGCGCAGAUCUUCAAGUGAGAAGUCUGACAGCGGCAAGGUUUACUAUGCCCAUUUGGUACACCAUACUUUUUUCAUUGAUGACAUUGGCCACAUUUGCUUCACACAUUUGGUCCCAAGUUACAAAUUUCUCUGGGUUGCAAGAAAACUUGUCGAUGACACUUCCCACAAUCAUUUUGGUGGUUUCAAGCCUUCUCAUUGGUAUGUUAUUAUACUUCAAUAUAUACAUGGUUGGAUUUUUAUGUUGUUGUGAAAACAACUUUUCCAAUCGUUUGGUCAUUAAAGAUCUCGACUACAAAACUCUCUAUGUGCAUUUUUGUGAGCUGAACAAGGUUGAAAUCCGGAUAUACUUUGUUAAAGGUUUACAAUUUAUCCUUUUGUGGUACACGGUGCUCUUGACAGUGUAUGUACAUGAGAAUGAUUUGAACAUCUAUCCAGCACUAGUUUGUGUUUUAACCAACGGAUUCGGAUUGAUGUUAUUUGCAAGAAUGGCUGAGUUUUUUCGGAGGUGUCGGAGAACAAGAGAUGGGACUGCCAUCGCUGCAAGAUAG